AAAGAGGUCGUCGGCCCUGCAUUUAAGCUCUCUUCAGAAUGGGUGCCCACAGGAUGGAUGUGCAACCCAAAGGGAAACCUUUACCGCUAUUUUGCCUGGUUGAAAUAAAUUCUUAGUGUUGGGGAGCAGAACUCCGCUUACCUGGAAUCACAAGGGAUUUUGAGGAACCCCAUUAGAAAUAGCUGGGGCAGGAGGAGUGGACUGACAUGCUUCAGGGAGACUUGUUUGCUUUUGCUUUGUUUUGCCAGUUAUUGGGAUUUUUUUUAUUUGUUAUGUAUGUAACGCCACUGAUGUACCACUUGAUUGUAAGAAACCUCUAAAGUGGUUUACAAGAGGUGUAAUACUCCCUUGGCUAUAAAAGGGAUGGAGUUAUUUUUACUUCUGAAAUGGAUAGUUACAUCUGGAUUGAUAUAUUUUAAAGUACUGCUGUUGUUCAUUUGGAACUAAAAAGGUACAGUGUUAACUUUCAUCCAUGACCCCUAUGAGAUAAUUCAGGCCGUAACCUUAUAUCCAGUUUCCCAGGAGUAAGCCCCAAAGUGCACAAGACUGCUUGCUACAUCUUUUUGCUGAACUAUAGUGCAACAACUGCAUUGCAGUGAUGGAGACAAAUUGGAUCAUACAGCUACUGCUCCUUUUAGCUCUUACCUUGGUUUUUGCUACAGCGAUUCCAGAAGAGAAGCAGUGGAAUUUGACCAAUGAAGUCUUUCUGUUGGGUGAUAUGAAUAUAACAGACGAUAUCUAUUCACUAGGUGUAACUAAAAACAAAAUAAUGACAGCACAGUAUGAAUGUUACCAGAAAAUUAUGCAAGAUUCUUCACACAAGAGUGAAGGUCCUCAUUGCAAUAGAACAUGGGAUGGAUGGCUGUGCUGGGAUGAUGUUGCUGUGGGGGAAGUAGCAAUUCAGAACUGCCCUGAUUACUUUCAGGACUUUGACCCCUCAGAAAAAGUUUUUAAGACCUGUGAGGAAAAAGGACAUUGGUUUGUGCAUCCUGAGAGUAACAGAACAUGGACAAACUACACACUCUGUACUUUUGGAGUAACUGCUAAACUGAAGACCGCUCUGAAUUUGUAUUAUCUCACUAUCAUUGGCCAUAGCCUUUCAAUUGUUUCACUUUUGAUUUCCCUUGGCAUAUUCUCCUAUUUUAAGAGCCUGAGUUGCCAGAGGAUCACUUUACAUAAAAAUCUCUUUUUUUCUUUUGUUUGCAACUCCAUCGUUACAAUCAUUUCUCUGACAGGAGUUGCCAGCAACCAACAGAUGGUUGCAUCUAACCCAGUUGGAUGCAAAGUGGCCCAGUUCUUCCACUUUUAUUUAAUGGUUUGCAAUUACUUCUGGAUGCUCUGUGAAGGCAUUUAUCUGCACACUCUCAUUGUGGUGGCUGUAUUUGCAGAAAAACAGCACUUACUGUGGUAUUAUCUUCUUGGAUGGGGAUUCCCGUUGAUUCCUGCCUGCAUACAUGCUGUAGCAAGAAGCAUAUAUUACAAUGACAACUGCUGGAUCAGUUCAGACACUCAUCUAUUGUACAUCAUCCAUGGUCCUAUUUGUGCUGCUCUACUGGUGAAUCUCUUUUUCCUCUUGAACAUUGUUCGUGUUCUAAUAACCAAGCUAAAAGUCACCCACCAGGCAGAAUCCAAUCUCUACAUGAAAGCUGUUAGAGCUACCCUAAUUUUAGUGCCACUUCUUGGCAUUGAAUUUGUACUGGUUCCUUGGCGACCAGAGGACCGUAUUGCCGCAGAGAUUUAUGACUACGUGAUGCAUAUCCUUAUGCACUAUCAGGGUUUGUUGGUGGCAACCAUUUUCUGUUUUUUUAAUGGAGAGGUCCAAUCUGUUCUAAGGAGACACUGGAAUCAAUACAGGAUCCAGUUUGAGCACAGCUUUACCCACUCUGAUGCUCUUCGCUCUGCUUCCUACACAGUCUCCUCCUCGAUUGCAGAUGGUCAAAGCUUCAGCUACAAUCACGACUGCACCAGUGAACAUUUAAAUGGAAAAAGCUUUCAUGACAUGGAUAAUAUUGUUUCUAAACCUGAAAAGCUGUAUGGCUGAUUGCAGAAGACUCUUUGUUAUUACCAUCCCCCCUGAUCCCCCCCCCCCCCAGUAUUUUGAGAGGAUUAUUCCAUGAGCAGGCAGGACAUUUUUUGUCAAUCUUUGGACAUGGUUGUUCUUGAAGAAUGUGACAAAUUUCAAUUCCUUUCUCACAUGUGCACAUGCCUUAGCAUUUCUUAGCAUGUGAGUGCUUGUUCUUUGUUUGUACACUGGAGCUGGUCUUGCCCAUCAACUGAAAUUUUACACUUUGACCUCUGGAUACCUAUCAUUCAGAAAAAUACUGGUUGAAGUUUUAAUUGGGCUCAAGCAAGCUCUAACUAGGCAUUUGUGUUUUGUACAUAUAAAUAUGUAUCAAGAUAGACAAACUUUGCCUCUUCAGUUUCUACUGUGUAGACAAAGUGGGCAAUUAUUUUGUAUGAAGGGAAUCAAAGAAAGUUUCAUAUUUUUUCAGCAGUUUGUAUCAUGGCUGGGUUGUCUAUGAGGCCAUUUUGUUUGCUCACAAGAACUUGUAAAUACUGUAUUUAUCAUAUUGUGUUGUCUUAAGUGCAGCCAACAAAGCAACCUAAAUAAGUAUUGAAAAGGAUGCAAUAAUUGCAAAGUAUUCUUCGUGUUGACUGCAACAUUUAAGUCUUGACAAGGAUAGUUACAAAUCUGCAAUAUAGACAAUGGCCCUGAUCCAAUUAAUGUUAGUCAUUACUAACUUGCUCAUUGGUUUCAGUGGGACGUGCUACAAUACUGUACAUACUUACUUGUGACUGAGACCCGUGGAACUUGAAGGGAUAACCUGUGGCUAUAUGUGACUAGGAUUAGGCUGUUAGUCACAGCUUACUUUAGUUGGAUUGAGUCCAAUGAGUUGGCCUGUUUUGACCACUAUUUUAAAUAGAGUGUGUUACAAAGCCAUUGGGAAUCUGAGGGCCUGGAUUUUAUAGUAUGUUCCUCUAUCUUUUCAUUCAGCUCCUACAAGGAACAUCUCCAGAAAAAGAGUGGAUUACAAGAGUGAGUCUCAUUUAUCACAUUCCACGUGUAACUUGUAGGCAUGAGGACGGUGAUACAUGCAUGGAGUUUCCAUGCUUUUGUGGGCUUCCCUUUUCUCUUCAUGAAGGGGUCCAUUUGUGAAUAUGCAUGGAUGUAACCCCUCCAGUGAAAUGAAUGCUUGGGCAAUACCUCUGUGUAUGCAGUGGAGCACAUGCACAUUGUUGGAUAGCAUUCAUAGUGUUUACACUAGAGGCAAUGACAGAGUUGUAUUUAAUAAAGAAAUUAGGCACUUAAACUCACUUCAGUGACCCAUAGUCCUUUCCCAGUUAGUAAAAAAAUGAUAAUACAGUUAAUAGUUUCAGCUGUAGUUUGUCUUCUAGGUCAGAUGUUAGCACAGGUUAGGAGGUACUGCAGCUGCUUAGUCUUCUUGUGGUACAGAAACCUGGCUGACUAUAUAGUGAUGGGAAAGGCAGCACUGAGAGAGGUGAGUAGUCCCUAGCUAUGUUGGCUCUUCAGAAUGUGGUAGUGGAUUUCCACCCCAUAGAUGGAAUGAGUACAAGAGGCCUGAACCUUUCAUUAGCUGACUUAGCAGUAAAUAAACAUUAGGUGUCCUCUUUUCUAAGGAUUGUAGAUCCAGGAGUCUGCAUCACCGUAACUGAUUUGGUAUAGAAGGCAUAAAACAGAUGGAGAAUCUGUGGCCCUACAUAUGUUGCUGGACUACAACUUCUAUCAUCCCUGAACAUUGGCCAUGCUUGCUAGGGCUGAUGGGAGCUGGAGUCCAACAGUAUCUGGAUGGCCACAGGCUCCCCAUUUCUGAUAUAGAAGAAUGGGGGUGUAUAUGGAAUGGGGACAGAAUUCAUUAUUUGACUACUUCCACUGAGUGGAAAUUAGGGGGGAGGGUGUUAUUUGGGGAGGGCAUUGCUUGGCAUUGGUGGAGGCAGCAAAUGGACAGGGGCUGCAUGAUGCAGGCACCACCCCUGGAGUGUCACUGGCUGUAACUGGCAGAGCCCCUAUUUACCCCAUGUAUUUUCACAGAUUAAAAACAAAAAAACUCACUAGAAAUGGAGGCUUCACUAGAAGUGAGGAGUUUGAAAAGUUUGCCCCUUUUUGUCCUAGAUUUCAUUUCACUUUGAGCAGAGACCAAAUGGUGAUAAAUUGAUCAUAUUUGGCACCUUAGUUCAAGCACCUAGGCUAGGUAGGACUUUUGAUUUGGAUGGUCUAACCAUUGGUGGUGGUUGGCUUUUUAAGGGCCUUGAAUCUUUUUAAAGGCAAUUCUUGUUUCUCUUUGCUACUGCUUGUUCAUUUUAAAGGUUUUUUUGUACCUGCUUAUGAUCACGACCUUGUGCAAAACUCCCAAGGGCCUAUAACUAGCACUUUGUACCAGAAAAGAUGUGGAGCACCUUCAGAUAUUGGCUGGAAACUCACUGCAAUCUUACCUACAGUUAAGGUGCUUAAAUCAAAUUGAAGUCAGUGGGAUGCAAGGUAGACUAACUGUGUACAGGAAAACCUUUGAUAGCCUUGGCCUCUUGAGGUCUGCAUAUAAAAGCUAUAUUAUUAUGUUCCUCAUAACUUUCUCAAGCUUUUUCUGCUGCCUUCACUUACGCUGAGAAGAGCUUUACUCAGUAGAUAAUACCACUGUUGUCUUUUUAAAUGACGACGGUUGUAAAAAAGAUGUAAUAGUGUGAAAUCUUUUAGGAACCCUGGUAAGAAAAUUUCUUGAAAUGCAGCAUGCUGAGACUUUGAGAACUGUUUUGAUUUAAAAAAAAACCUAUGCUGAAUAGCAGAGAUGUAGGAAUACACGGACCUAGGCAAAAUAAAUUCCUUGAAAAGUCUUAGGAAUAAAGAAAAUGUGUCUGAAUCUGUGUAGUUUAUUUAAUAUGAGAAAAGGGGAAAUGUCCAUCCCCUACCACUGUUAGGAUAUUCUCAGACCGAAGUCCUUUCUGAUUUGUGAAAGCUACUGGCAAGAAAUGAAAUGAAACUUCUCCUUUCCCAGAACAACUUCUGCUUUUAAGUGCCAUGGUGGAACACGAGGUGUUCAAUUUCCUCCUUUUUCAAGGUUGUACGUUAAUUGUCAUUUAACAGGCUUCAAUAGGCAGCUAAUUUGUGAGCAAUUACAAUGCUUUGAGGUUGAAAGGCUUUGAAUGCUUGUCGUCAUGAUCAUAUCAUUAUUUUCAGAUGGAAAAUUAUUAGGAAAAGCUCAGCAAAUGCUUGUCAUUUCGCUCAGUAUGCUCUGGAUGGCAUUUGACUGGAUAAUGAAAUGGCUAUGUGAUGUUACAAAAUUUAAGUCACUGGGUUCGUGGAGCUAUUUUUACGUUUUGAAAAACAUGGAUGUAUUCAGGGUUGUGUGUUGGCUGUGCUUCCACGGCAGAAAGUCUGCGGUAUUCAUGUUUCUAAGAAUAUAUUCUUUUUUAAAAAAUAAAGUUUCUAUCCUAUAGCGUUGUGAAAAUAUUGCUUGAAAGUAUGUGGCCAAAUCUCAGAAAACAUGGUUUUUCAUAGGUCAGAGGGAAAACUUCACUGAAAGUUCCUUUCAGUCCUUUCAGUAGAAUGGCCCCAAGACUAACAAGAGCAGAAUAAAUUAUGCAAAAACUAUAAAUUAUGCAGUUUUAUACAGAUCACAGAAUUCAGCUUUUGUUGUAAAGGACUAUUGAAUUCUAUUAGCUUACAGUACACUGGCAUCAUCUGGAAUCACAUCUGGGCCUAAAAUUGCACAACAAAUGUCAUAUUUUAAUUAUACUAGAUGUAUCUUUCUUGGAGAGAUGACACACAAACUCUGCCAUUUGCUGUACCCAUGGUGUCACUGAAGGACAGAUGUAUAUUUUACAAAAAAAAUUCCAUGGAUCUUAUUUAUGGGCGUGGUACCCUAGGGUUCAUCUCUGCGUUUCAAACGUAGCACAAGGAGAGGACCUCUCAUGUGUUUCAGUGGUUUGGAAAGUCAUUCCCUCUGUCAACUUUAUUCUUGCAGGCUGCAUGGUUGGCACAAAUCUGAGGAAAAGUCAGAAUCAUGCAUUGCAUUCAAGGCUAAAUUGUUAAUCUCAGCACAUGCUGAGACUUUCUCUUAUAAGCAGGGGAAGACGCUGCACAUGGAGUGUGGAAUCUCUCUGUCCAUCUGGAAUAUUUCUUCCAAAGAAGACAAUGGAAACUAAUGGGAACAUGGAGCUUUGGACUGUAGCCAUGUAUACCAUGAUGAAUCUUAUGACAGCCAUUCCCAUGUUUAUUACUAAGCCUUCUCAACUCCCCAAGAUCAUAAUCUAUCUUUCUUUGAGGCCCAGCUAUCAUUUCCAUACACUGGCCUGGAUGUUAGAACACUUUAACUUGGGUGCUGCACUGUCACAAGGCUAGCGUCUUAGGGCUUUUUCAAACCUGCAUGGACAUUACAUGAUCCUCUCAUCACGUGUGGAUUCUCAGGUGAUUAUAUGAACUGUCUCUAUUGAAAUGUAUUGCAACUGAGUUGAUAUCAGGUGAUAAGAAAGUUAGCUCUGUGGUGAUUAAUCUGUGGUGAUUCAUUCAAACAUGUGCAUCAUCACUUGAUGUUACAAUCAAGUGAAAAGCAUACUUGUGUGAGCCAGCUCUUAGUGCAGGUGUGGGAGACCUUUGGCCCACCAGAUGUUGCUAAACUACAAAUCCUAUCAGCCCCAACGGGGCCAGAAGUUGUUCAGAAACUUCUGGAGGGCCAAUAGUUCCCCACACCUGUCUUAGUGGCUUGAACCCAGGAAUCUAACUCACCUGUCAGGCAAUCAGUGCAUUCUCGUAUGGAUGAUGUAUUAUCUUAUAAAUAUGAUUAGUAAACUACCAUCUUGGAAUAAUGGCUUUUUUAAAGGUGUUCAAUUUCUUUAAAGCCAUCAUUUUAGUUAUUCACUGAACAUAAGUAACCUGAGGAGAAAUCAGGAAAGGGAUUUUUUUUAAGUUUCUCAUCUUUCAAAUUAGUAUCUAAUAAUAACAGAUUUCUAAAUGUUAAUGUUACUAGAU